AUGAAGAACCAGCCGGCCAACACCAAGCAGGACCAGCCGGCCAACAUCAAGCAGGACCAGCCGGCCAACAUCAUGCAGAACCAGCCGGCCAACAUCAUGAAGAACCAGCCGGCCAACACCAAGCAGAACCAGCCGGCCAACAUCAAGCAGAACCAGCCGGCCAACACCAAGCAGAACCAGCCGGCCAACACCAAGCAGAACCAGCCGGCCAACAUCAAGCAGAACCAGCCGGCCAACACCAAGCAGAACCAGCCGGCCAACAUCAAGCAGAACCAGCCGGCCAACACCAAGCAGAACCAGCCGGCCAACAUCAAGCAGGACCAGCCGGCCAACACCAAGCAGAACCAGCCGGCCAACAUCAAGAAGAACCAGCCGGCCACACCAAGCAGAACCAGCCGGCCAACACCAUGA